AGCUACACCCACACACAAUGGCUUAGGAAAACAACUGUCGCCAUUUCAUCUAAUGCACGUGCGUGAGAAUGUUUUGUCUUGGUUUUGUCUUUUGUCCAUUUUUCCAGAUCUCAAACAUCUGGGAGACUAUAAUAAGAGUUCUAUCGGCUAUAGUAUAUACGGCCUGAGUUAUAUAGCCUUGGAGGCUAUAAAAGUGCCGUUCCAGAUUACGAAGGUCAAUCCAAGUUCGUAUAUUAUGAAUCUAUUAUAUCGGUCAACGAAAUAAGAGGUGUGCUUAAUUGAUGGUUGAUUACUUGACCGUGUUAUAUCCAGACGUCUCAUUGUCAGCUAUCUAAAAAUAUUGUUUGCCAUGCUGCACUAUGAACCCUGAGACCGCCACCAUUGUCCUAGCCGUUUAAAAAUUCAAGUCUUAUCAGUGCUAGAAUUUCGUAAGUUAUGUCUUCAUACAGCACAUAUACAGGGGGAGCAUCAAAUUUUGAUCGAAGUGGUCGCUUCGAAAGAGAAAGGUCGGAAUAUCCCAAUACAGCAAAGGAAGAACAAAACAGAAGUGGAAAGCAUGCGGUAAAAAAGCAGCGUUCAAAGCAAGACACAUGGAAGGGCAUAUUUGUGGUGACUCAAUUUUGGGUCAUUUGCUUCGCAUCAGUUGCAUUCUUAGCGGUAGCCACCGCAAGCUUAGCAAAACUUUCUGACCGCCAGAUACUUGAAACCAAAGACAGAGUGCCCCAACUUCAUACGUGGUUCAAAGUUGCGAUAUGCUUCCGGCCAUUCAUGACCGAUACAUAUUUAAAAACUUUGUUUGAGGCGAAAUUCAACAAAAACUUUGAAGAACACAUCAAAAGCCUGAAUAUCUCAGAUGAAGAGAAGAAUCCAUUCUUUGAGGAUUUCUACUUAGACAACACAUUGGAGCCGAAACUCUAUCAAAGCUACUUCCGCCACGUACAUCCAUGGAAAGAUGUGUCACCCAAUGUUUUAUGGGAAGCUCAAAAGUACAUCCUUCAAGUAGCCUUUGCGGAAUUCCUCAUCGAUGGCAUCCCUAUGGGAAAACCUAAACUGGAUGUCAAUGUAGGCAUGACCGAAAACGACAUGAAAAUAUAUGCCUGGCUACCAUCCCCACAAAAGACAAAUGCGACAGGCGACCAGCCACCCCUGGUCGGUGAGCUUAUAUUGAGUCCAAUCUAUCUGGGAUGUGCCAUUUUUACACUGAAUAAGGAAAUGGCAAAAAAGCAAGUGUUUUUCAGCGUGAAAUUUAGACCAGCGUUUUCGAUGGUAACCACAGGGAAGGCUGUCGACUUAGGGCAUGUGAUUGUUUCCCGAUACAAGGCCGCAGACGUAUUUGUGCUCAAUAAAGACGAACCAUUCACAGAAAUUUCAACUAUCAAGCAAAAUGCUAAAUUUAGUGUUGAUGCCUUUUCGCGUGAACGCCUUCUGGUAAAGAAAUCAAUGUUUAUAAGACAAAGGAGCAAGAAAAGAAAUUGCGAAGUAAGCGAGACCAACUCUGAAAUGGCAUGCCGCAAGCAUUGCGUCUACAAGGGACUGUUGGAUGAAAUCAACUGUACCCUCCCGUGGAUGGAGCGGUUCCGAGAAGAGCCCCAACUGUUGGCACAGUUUGCGAGUCUGCCGAAGUGCAGUGAUUUGGACCCAACUAUGAUGCUUGAAGCAAGCACGGCUCAAGAAGCAUUUAUGAGCAACAUUAAAAUCAGGCAAAAACUAAAAGUUCAAAGCUGUCUGCAAAACUGCUUGGAGUCGUGCCACUCCUCAAGGGUACGCAUCCUCUCCCUGGGCAGCAAGUCGAUCGGCACCAACUACGGCAUCUCGCUGACCAUCUCGCCGAUCGUGGACGUGGUGAAGGAGCACUUCAACUACAACUUCACCAACAUGGUGUCGGAGCUGUGCGCCUCCGUCAGCUUCCUGCUCGGACUGUCCGCCAUAGCCAUCUACGACUGGCUGGUGGCGUUCGGCGUGUGGCUGGCCGUCCGGCUGGGACUGAGGAAACCCGACGAGGCGGAGGCGGAGGGCGCCAAGGAGGACGCGACGGUUGCCGAGACGACGGCCGAGCAGGGCGCCGACCCGGCCGCCGCCGCCGCGGGCCCGGCCGCACAGACGACAGAGACCGGCGACAGCGCGGAUGGCGUCCAAAAGCGCCGCGUCAGUGUGCAGCUGCCCGGCGAGACGACAGGAAACGCAGCAGGUUCUGCUGUUUGAAUGUGUGGCGUGUGAGUGGGUGACAGGGAAGGUUUGGUGACCUCCCGCUGUUCGUUCGUCGGGUGUGGUUCACUUUAUCGGAGCAGUGUUGAGAAAGGGAACGUUUUAAACGGACGUGCGAAUUGUAUAUGUACAAUGUUGGCAUUAGCGUUGCUGUUUGUGGUAUGAAUGGAGCGUGGGUUUUUGUUCCAGUGAUCGUCGGCUCUUGUUCUAUAGAGUGUUGCUUUGUGUGUCUCUGAUCCAUUCGUUUCUACAAUUGCUAGGUGGUAUAGGACCGAAGACGUGUCAUUUCUGUUUGAAUUUGACGGUAUGCCAAUAAAAGUUGGUGUAUGUUU